AUGGCGACGGCAAAGGUGAUACACGUGGACGGGACGAUGGAGGAGUUCAAGGGCACGGUUAAUGCCGGUGAGGUGGCGGCGAGGAGCCCGGGUUGUUUUGUUUGCAGCAGCGAGGCGAUGGCGAUCGGAGCGAGCGCGCCCUGUGUGCCUGAGACAGAGGAGCUUAAGCUCGGCGAGCUCUACUUCUUGAUGCCGGCGUCAAGAUUGCGGUAUCCUCUUUCGCUUCAUGAUCUCUGCGUGCUUGCCGUCACGGCCAGCGCUGCGUUGUGUCAAAAGGCGAAGGGGCGAGCGGCAAGAUGUAGAAUUAAUGGAUAG